AUGCCAAGCGUGGUGUUCCUGUUCUGCAAAGAGUACGGAGUAUUCUGUAAAACCCAAAUCGUUGACCCGGAGAUUAAAAACCUCCAGAAGCUUAAUGAGGGCGGCGUUAGGACGGUGAAAUUUGACAAGGAAGUGAUCAUGGGCGUCAAGUGCGCGAAGAGCAGUGACCUGACCUGUGACGGUUUCUUGGAGGGAUGGAUAGACAAAAAUGUAGGUCAGCAUCACCGCCUGGACGGUUAUUUCAAGGGCGGCACCGUGGGAAUGUUGAUCAAAAAAGUUCGAGAACAAAUCACAACUCCUGAUAAAAGGAAGAAGACGGUGAACGACCUUAAGAAAAUCCUAGAGUACAUGGUUGCUCCUCAGAGGAAAUACCACUUGAUCUGUGACCUACAAGGCUUUUACUUAUCUGCUGGAGGUUUUCUGGUCAACGAUCCUGAAGACAUCAAGGAAAAUGUAAAACUGCAUCAGAAAUGUGAAAUCGAUACUGACCGGGAGCCGACCACUAAACAAGUCCUCGAUGGAUUGGAACUAUUAAUCCAAGAUUUGCGGGAAUAA